CGUCCGGAACCGGGCACUCCCGCCGCGCCCGAUCCGCCUCCCGGGCCGCGCCCCGCCACUCCCGGAGCCUGGCACCAGGCCUCCAGGAUCAUGUGGUACGUCAGUACUCGAGGGAUGGCCCCACGGGUUGACUUUGAAGGGGCCCUUUUCUCUGGCUAUGCUCCGGAUGGGGGCCUCUACAUGCCCGAGAAGCUGCCUCAGCUGGACAGAGACACCCUGCGUCAGUGGAGUGUGGUCUCCUACCCCAGCCUGGUGAAGGAGCUGUGUAGCCUCUUCAUUGGCCCCGAGCUCAUUCCAAGAGAUGACUUAAAUGAUCUGAUCGACCGAGCCUUCAGCAGAUUCCGACACAAAGAGGUGGUCCAUCUAUCCAGACUGAAGAAUGGGCUGAACGUGCUGGAGCUGUGGCAUGGGGUCACCUACGCGUUUAAGGACCUGUCCCUGUGCUGUGCAACACAGUUCCUGCAGUACUUCCUGGAGAAGAGGAAGAAGCACAUCACCGUGGUUGUAGGAACUUCUGGGGACACAGGGAGUGCUGCUAUCGAGAGUGUUCAGGGGGCAGAGAACGUGGACAUCAUUGUUCUGCUGCCCAAAGGUCGCUGCACAAAGAUUCAGGAGCUCCAGAUGACGACAGUGCUGAGAGAGAAUGUCCACGUGUUUGGAGCGGAGGGGAGCAGCGAUGAGCUGGACGAGCCCAUCAGGGCCGUGUUUGCCGACGUGGCCUUUGUCAAGGAGCACAGUCUGAUGAGUCUGAGUUCCAUCAACUGGUCCCGGGUCCUCGUGCAAAUGGCCCACCACUUCUUCGCUUAUUUCCGGUGUGCACCAACCUUAGACUUGCACCCACCGCCCCCCGUGGAGGUGGUUGUACCUUCGGGGGGUGCCGGUAGCCUCGCAGCUGGGUUCAUCGCUCAGAAAAUGGGCCUGCCCAUCCACCUGGUCGCGGCAGUGAACUACAAUGACAUCAUCCACAGGACCAUCCAGCGGGGAGACUUCUCUCUGUCUGAGGCCGUCAAACCAACCUUGGCAUCAGCUAUGGACAUUCAGGUGCCGUACAACAUGGAGAGGAUCUUCUGGCUGCUAUCUGGCUCUGACAGCCAGGUGACAAGAGCCCUCAUGGAGCAGUUUGAAAGGACCCGAAGUGUGAGUCUACCCAAGGAAUUGCACAGCAAGCUUUCAGAGGCAGUAAUUUCUCAGUCAGUGUCAGACGAGGCCAUCACCCAGACCAUGGGCCGCUGCUGGGAAGAGAACCAGUACUUGCUGUGCCCUCACUCGGCCGUGGCUGUGAGCUACCAUUACCAGCAGGUGGACAGGAGGCAGCCCAGCCCUCCCCGCUGUUGUCUGGCUCCCGCCUCCGCAGCCAAGUUCCCGGAGGCCGUGCUGGCUGCUGGGCUGACCCCGGAGACUCCUGCGGAGAUCCUCGCCCUGGAGCACAAGGAGGCGCGCUGUACCCCGAUGCGGAAGGGUGACGACUGGACACGGAUGCUUCGGGGCCUGAUUGAGGACCUGAGCCGGCAGCGGCAGGGGCGCUUCCGGAACGCGCCGGCAUAGCCAGGCUGGAGCUGGCUUCCUUUAGGCUUCGGACCCUGGGAGGUGUCCCCUCUGAGCUGCCUGGUGCACCUUCUCUCCAUGCUUCGGACCCUGGGAGGUGUCCCCUCUGAGCUGCCUUGUGCACUUUCUCCCCAUGCAGGUGCAGGAGUUUCUCAGGGGGCUGCCCAGCUGGGUCUGGAGCCAGCGGGCUGUGCGCUGUUCCCUGGCUGCUCUGUGCUCUCACCGUGGCUGGCUGGCCGUGUUGGGCCUGGUCACCGGGGAGGCGGGGAGGGAGUCGUGGAUGAUUGCUGGGGGUGCACCCCCAGGGCCAGACAGUGCAGGAACAUCACUGCUUCCUGUGAAACUUUCAGGGCCUGCAAAUGAAAGGUCUGGGGCUCAGGGGCAACCUUGGCUCCAAGAUUUUGGACCCCCAGAUCCUAAAACCUGUGCAGGUGGGGCCCGCUGCCUCCAUUACCACAGGUCUGGCUCUGAGCCUUAGUUUAUCUGGUCCCCAGGUCAGAUCCAGAGGUCUUGGCCACAGGGCUUCCACCCUGUCAAACGUUGGGAAUCCCUGGAAUAAAAGUGCAGGUUCAGUGCGAUGGUGACUCUGCGUGCCCUGUGGGCAGAGCCCAGUGCCUCUCAGGUGGUGAUGGUGGUGCCAUGGUGUCCCUCAUCCAUCUGCUGCCCCAGGUUGCCAGCAGGGCAGGUGGCACAGGAGUUGAGGUUCAGGAUCACCAGAUCCAGGCCAUGUAGGAAAGCAGGGGCCUCAAACUAGGUCAAGUUGCCCUGUUGCUCAUGUACCAGGUUCACCAUCCUUAUUAAACGAAGUCAUGAUCAUAGCAGCGAGAAGCAAUGGUCCCUCUUUAAACACUAAAUAAAGUCCAAAUGCCUACAUUUCCACAGGUACCUCCAUAAUCACGCUGCUUCAGAGAAGUCAAGUUGUUCUUUCCACUGAAGACACGACUGACGCUCUCCCCUCUCCAUGCCUUUGACCCUACACUUGCC